CUCGUUCCUUGCUGCCUUGCCUUCGUCUUCCUCCUCCUCCCGAUUAAAUCCACCUAUUUAAAUCCCAAUCCCCCAACGAACUCCCACUUUUCUCCACCAUCAUCUACCAGCGCCAGCGUCAGCGGACGAGGAGGCGAGCUAACCCUAGCGCGCGCGAGCCGAGCCCCGCCAUGGGAUAGGGCUUCCUCUGCGUGCGUGGGGCGCCAUGGAGUGGGACAGCGACUCGGACGGCAGCGGGGAGGAGGACGAGGAGGAGGGGGUCGGGCCCUGGGGCGGCGGGGGCGGGGGCGCGGGGUUCUCGCUGGCGAUCGAGGGGGUCCUCGGCGGCGCGUGCGGGCUUGUUGUGUCGGACGCGCUCGAGCCCGACUUCCCCAUCAUCUACGUCAACCGCGGCUUCGAGGACGCCACCGGGUACCACGCCGAGGAGGUGCUCGGCAGGAACUGCCGGUUCUUGCAAUGCAGAGGACCAUUUGCUCAAAGAAGACAUCCUCUUGUUGAUGCUGUAGUAGUUACUCAGAUUCAGAGAUGCUUAGAGGAAGGAACUGAGUUCCAGGGUGAUCUGCUGAAUUUCAAGAAAGAUGGUUCCCCAUUCAUGACGACUCUGCAACUAAAACCCAUAUAUGGAGAUGAUGAAACAAUAACCCACUAUAUGGGCAUUCAGUUCUUCAACGACUGUAACGUUGAUUUGGGGCCGUUGCCUGGCUCUGUGGCAAAGGAAGUUGUGAAAUCAAUAUGGAUUGCACCAGAUAAUACUAUCCGAUCAAGUCCAACACGGAAGGGUAACUUUUGCUCUGAGCAUUCUAAUCUCUUCCAACUGAGUGAUGAGGUACUGUGCCAGAAGAUCCUAUCAAAAUUGUCACCUAGGGAUAUAGCAUCCGUAAACUCUGUAUGUAAACGUUUGUAUCACAUGACAAGGAAUGAUCACCUUUGGAAAAUGGUUUGCCAAAAAGCAUGGGGAAGCGAGGCUACUCGGGCUCUUGAGAAUGUGGCUGGCACAAAAAGUUUGGCAUGGGGACGGCUAGCAAGAGAGCUGACCACAUUGGAAGCUGUCGCCUGGAGGAAAUUGACAAUUGGGGGUACAGUGGAGCCAUCUCGCUGUAAUUUCAGUGCUUGUGCUGUAGGGAACCGUGUUGUCCUUUUCGGUGGGGAAGGUGUUAACGCCCAGCCGAUGAAUGAUACAUUUGUGCUGGAUUUGAGUGCCAGCAAGCCAGAAUGGAGGCACAUCACUGUGGGCUCAGCUCCUCCUGGCCGCUGGGGCCAUACCCUGUCAUGUCUAAGUGGAUCACUGUUGGUUCUGUUUGGUGGAUGCGGAGGCCAGGGCCUGCUCAAUGAUGUAUUCAUUUUGGAUUUGGAUGCAAAACAACCAACAUGGCGUGAGAUUUUUGGCCGUGCACCACCAGUUCCACGGUCAUGGCAUAGUUCUUGCACACUGGAUGGAUCAAAGCUGGUGGUUUCUGGUGGCUGUGCCGACUCUGGUGUGCUUCUCAGUGAUACUCAUCUCUUAGAUGUAACAAUGGAAAGACCUGUUUGGAGGGAGAUACCUGCACCUUGGACUCCACCUUCUAGAUUGGGGCACUCACUCUCUGUUUACGAUGGCAGAAAAAUCCUGAUGUUUGGUGGUCUUGCUAAAAGUGGCCCUUUACGGCUCAGGUCUGGUGAUGUAUUCACCAUGGACUUAAGUGAAGACGCGCCAUCCUGGCGGUGCAUCACUGGUAGUGGAAUGCCAGGAGCUUGUAACCCAGCUGGAGUUGGCCCACCUCCUCGCCUUGAUCAUGUUGCCGUGAGCCUUCCUGGAGGGAGAAUCAUGAUAUUUGGUGGUUCAGUAGCAGGUCUUCACUCUGCUUCACAGCUCUACCUCCUGGAUCCAACCGAAGAGAAACCUACCUGGAGAAUACUGAAUGUUCCAGGGCGCCCCCCGAGGUUCGCCUGGGGCCACAGCACCUGUGUUAUGGAAGGAACAAAGGCAAUAGUCCUUGGAGGACAAACUGGAGAAGAGUGGACGCUGACUGAAAUACAUGAGCUUUCUCUGGCAAGCUCAUUAGUUUGAGAUCUGAAAGUCUCAGUCAAGCCUACAAGUUCCUCAAAGCCAUGCAAUACUGAGUUACUCUGUUCGCAGGUUAGUUGUGUAUGCUUGGAAGGAGACUACGAUUAGUAUCGAGUAGAUCAAACCUGGUUACUCCCACAAUGACUCGGGAGUAGCCUCAUGUAGUCUAUGAAGUAGGAAUAUGCUCUCGCUCCUAUUGUUGUUUGUUUGGUCUAGUACAAGAUAAGUAAUUACUGUUCAUAACCCUUAAUAUGUGCUGUUCUCAUCAGAUGUUUCCAGCACUCUGAUAGGGAAACCGAAGGGGCUGGUGUUGUAUAGUUGGAAUCUCUGGCGUGACACUGCGAUGCGCUUCUGUGGCUGGGUCUCUGGCACCACCACGAACAACCUGAUGAUGUUGUAAUGGCUCUGAAAUUUCGAUCGCCUGGUCGGUUAUGUUAAGUUUUGCUUUAUGUACUAUUUCUAUUUUCUGCGGGUGGGCGGCAUCGUGAAUUUUACCGAAGCAGGAGUUUAUCCUGUGGCCGUACAUUGUUACUACUUCAGCUGACAGAGACCUUUUCAGUUAUACCUUUUGUAACACUGAUUGUAGGUAAAAGUAUCAGGUUUGGUUGUAUGAAAAAUAGGGAAAUUCGCUUCCUUGCUACAUCUUUUUAGAAUGUAAUUUCACAAUUUACAGAGAUCUUGUUACAGCAAUAGUAGUCAUAAGCUGAUAUAUAUUUA